UAUAAACUCUCCACAAACAAGUAUUUCGUUGUUCUCUUUUAUAAAAAAGUAUUCAAUGUCAACACCAGAAAAGAAACGACGACUUACAGAUGAAGGAGGAGAAACAUCUUCCAUGGUUCCUCCAUCCAGACCUCCUUUGAAAAAAAGAUUCACUAGCUGUGUAAAUAUACAACCUGCUGCGAUUCCUGAACCAGAAAAACCUGUUGUAAAACCUGUCAAAAUUGAAUACUCGAAUGAUUUAUCCACAUAUACCAAAGAGGAAUUAUUACAACACAUGCGUUCAACCAAGGAUGAGGCAUUAUACCUUGAGAAAAGAUGCGACAUAAUGAAAGAGAAAUACCUAAACAAAGAAACAAAGCAAAGCUUAUUACGUGUCGAUUGGGGACUUAUUCAAGCAGAAAUAGGCUUCAUGGCAAAGAUUUUAGUAGGUGUCGACAUACCAGAACUACCAGCCAUUUCUUAUCGUAAAAUGAGUAUCGACCAAGAAAAACACUGGAAUGCCAACAACCAACUAGCUAUUAAACAACUAUGUGUAUCAGCAUUUACUCGUUUAGAAAAUUGGGGAAAUCAAGUAGAAAUGAUUGAAGGGAAAUUUCGUAAGGCUGAUGAUAUCAUGCUGAAGAGAGUGAUUGUCUCGGAUUGGCUCAAGUCUGAAAUACAAGAAUUGGAAGCGUCUUAUAAACGAGCUCAGCAUGUCAUGAUGGAGGUUCAAAAGAAUUUAGACUCACUCUCUGAACAGACCCAUCUUGCAAAGACCACCGUUGAUAUGACCACAUCUGAAUUAAGCCAUUUGACAGAGAAAUUGGACGAUUGCAUGCAGGAUUUAACCUGGGCUUAUAAACGUCAUGAUCGUGCCGACAGUAAAUUGGUGGCAGCACUCAGUUUUGGUGGGUUGGGCGAUAUGCCUGAUCCUAGCGUACAGACCGAAAAUAUAGACACAAUCAUGGAAGAGCCAAAACAAGAAAAAUUAGAGGAAGCAGAAAUAGAGAACGGAUCUAUGGCAGAACAGGCCAUUAAAACACAACUGGAAGAGCAUAAACUUAUUUUGGCCACCCGUGAAAAAGAAAUCGAGGAUUUGAAACGUGAUAGACAGCAAUUAUUACGAGACGAAGAGAGAUUACUCUCAUUAUUUCAAUUAGGAGAAGAACGACUUUUAGAAACAGAAUAUGUCAAAGUACUACAAUUAUCUAUAGAGCAUUAUCGAGACAGAUGUCAUCAUCUAGAACAAAGGAGAGUUGAUAUAGAACAUGAGAUGGAUAAAGUGUCAGCCGCGCGUCAACAACUUGUGGAACAAGUCAAAUCAGAAAAAAUGGCACAAGGCAUGACAUUGGAAACAGAAAUGCGUCGAUUGGAAGCAGACCUAAAUCGUAUUCGAGGACAAAGAGAUGGUUUAUUGGCAUCAGUGGAAGACCAGAAAUUAAAAGAAGGCCGCGAAAAAGAAACCCAAGACAAAAUCAUUUCGUUUGCAAAUCAGGGUAAACUUCGUAUCGCUUCUUUAAAAACUCGCAUAAGUAGAUUGAAAACUGAACAAGAAAUGGCUGGUCCAUUUGCUAAAGAAGCCAACACAUUCAAGAACCUCAAAGAAAACGUCAGCCAUUUACAAGUGCUACUAUCUAGUCUUGAUUUAAUUGAAAAACGAAUUACACCCGCAUUUACAGCAACUGGUUUAGAUGAGCGUAUGAAUGAAUGGAAAUUGAACCCAUUAAUACGAACAUAUGAAACAUACCUGGAGGAGGCCCAAAAGUCCACACUGAUGAUUGAAUUUCUUGAAAAGAACGAAAGUCAUUUACUGGAGGAAAUCGACCGCGUGGCUGGUAUUUACGGACGAUUGGAGGAGCAACAGGGUAAAAAAGUGUUUGAUUUGGCUGCGAAACGUGAUCAAGUGCUGAAAAUACAAGCAGAGAAAUCAAAAUAUGCUCAGACGUUUGCUUCUUUAACAAUGGCCAAGGAACAGCAAAUUGUUGCUGUUACUGAAAAAAGAAACACAAGGAAUAGACAAAAGGAUACCAUCAAAGGACUCGAGGAAAAGGAAAAAGCUUUAGAAUUACAAGUACAAGAGAAAGAAGCGCUUAUUCGCAAGUUGCAUAGAAAUAUAGAGGAAGAAAGAACAGAUCUAGAGGAUAUAUCGCAUCUUUGCGAAGACUAUCGCAUUUCAUUAGAUCAAAAUGAGGUUCUGAUUAACGAGCUCCAGAAAACUCUGAAAGAAAAAUCGAAGUUAAUGGACGAAGAAAAACAUUUGCAGGAUGAGAUUGAAGUGAGCUAUGAAAAAAUGAAGAAAAAGUGGGAUAAGAUAUCUCAAGGAGACAAUCCAGCGGAACAACAACUAGUGGAAGAAUGUGAAGAAUUAAGGGCCCUAUUAAAAUGCAGCACUUGUCGUACAAGGUUUAGAACUCAUAUUUUAACCCGAUGUAUGCAUACAUUUUGUAAAAAUUGUAUAGAUGCAAGAUUAGAGACACGUCAAAGAAGGUGCCCAACUUGUAGUGAACCAUUUGGUGCUAAUGACGUUAAGAACUUUUACUUAUAAAUCCCAUCACCACCCAUGUAUUCUUAUAAAAAAAUCCCUAGUAAUUUUUUUUUGUACAUUUAUCCCUGCGGAUCUCUCGAUCUCUUUUAAUUUUAAUUUUUGACAUGACAAGCUUUUCCAGCUUGAAUCAGUUUGACACAUAUUAAAAAGUGAUAUUUGUUUCGUUCAGCUUGUGUAUUACCUUUGUUAUCACGACGGAUGAAAAUCAAUCUUUAUUUGAAAUGUUUUGAAAACAAAAUCAAACAAUCACUACCAAUUACAAAUGAAACGUUCCUUUUUGUUCACCUAAUGGAAAAGGCCAAAAUUGUGAAAAUAUUGUAGCAUG